ACUCAAUGAAGAAGCUGGCUUUUCUAUGGCGGCACAAGCGGGCAGCACCCGAGGGGAGGGUCAUUAAUAACUAAUUAGACCGGGUCAGGCCGCCAGCAUAUAAGACCGCCGGGACCCGCGAGUGCGCAACGCGUCACAAGCAAACACAGACUUUCUUCUCAGAGUUUCUUUUUAACACGUUUGUUCUUAAAGCACAGUUAAUUUGACCAUUUUAUUUUUAUUUUUAAAUUAAUUUACACAUUUAACAGACGUCUGUGUUCCCUGCGAUUUAAGUUUUGUUGAUUUAAUUGUAACACUUUUCAUAGCGAGGGAACUUAGAUAAAGUUAGGGCACUGGUGCGCCAUGGGUUCUGUGUUGCCUGCCGAAGCCUUAGUGUUAAAGUCGGGAUUUAAGCCUCCGACCUUCUCCCUCUCAGAGAUCAUCACGUCCGACAUCCUCCACAGCUUCCUGUACGGCCGUUGGAGGAACGUGCUGGGCGAAAACCUGCUCGAGGACAAGAGCAGCCCUGUGUGCCCCAAAACCGCCUUCACCGCCGAGGUGCUCGCGCAGUCUUUCUCCGGAGAGGUGCAGAAGCUGUCCAGCCUGGUGCUGCCGAGCGAGGUGAUCAUCGCCCAGAGCUCCAUCCCAGGGGAGGGACUGGGCAUCUUCUCCAAGAGCUGGAUCAAGGCCGGCACUGAGAUGGGGCCGUUCACCGGCCGCCUCAUCUCCCCCGAACACGUGGACCUCUUCAAGAACAACAACCUCAUGUGGGAGGUGUUUAACGAGGACGGCACCGUGCGCUACUUCAUCGACGCCAGCCAGGAGGACCAACGGAGCUGGAUGACCUACAUCAAGUGCGCCCGCAACGAGCAGGAGCAGAACCUGGAGGUGGUGCAGAUCGGCAGCAGCAUCUUCUACAAGGCCGUGGAGACGAUCCCUCCUGACCAGGAGCUGCUGGUGUGGUACGGCAACACCCACAACACCUUCCUGGGCAUCCCCGGCGUGCUGGCCAUGGAGGAGGAGCCGCAGAAGAAACACAAAAACGAUGACCCGUCCCUGUGCGACAGCUCGUCCUCCUCGACACUGGCCUCUGCUAGCCGCAUGCGCUGCGUGAUCUGCCACCGCGGCUUCAACUCGCGCAGCAACCUGCGCUCGCACAUGCGCAUCCACACGCUGGACAAGCCCUUCGUCUGCCGCUUCUGCAACCGCCGCUUCAGCCAGUCGUCCACUCUCCGCAACCACGUCCGUCUUCACACGGGCGAGCGCCCCUACAAGUGCCAUGUGUGCCAGAGCGCCUACUCGCAGCUGGCCGGCCUGCGCGCCCACCAGAAGAGCGCCCGCCACCGGCCAGCAGGGGGCAGUAGCGCCAGCGUGGGCGUGGUCAGCGGGGCAGUGGUGGUGGGGCUCCAGACGCAUUCCCCUCCGCCACCACAAAUGGCACCAGUGCCACACACACACACACACACACACACACACCCGGCCUCCCUAGUGCAUCACAUCCCCACUAUGGUGCUGUAGGACACACACACACACACACCCACACACCCAGCCUCCCUAGUGCACCACAUCCCCACUAUGGUGCUGUAGGACACACACACACACACACACACACACCCGGCCUCCCUAGUGCACCACAUCCCCACUAUGGUGCUGUAGGACACACACACACACACACACACACACACACACACACACACCCAGCCUCCCUAGUGCAUCACAUCCCCACUAUGGUGCUGUAGGACACACACACACACACACACACACACACACACACACACACACACACACCCCAGCCUCCCUAGUGCAUCACAUCCCUACUAUGGUGCUGUAGGACACACACACACACACACACACACACACACACACACACACACACACACACACCCAGCCUCCCUAGUGCAUCACAUCCCCACUAUGGUGCUGUAGGACACACACACACACACACACACACACACACACACACACACACACCCAGCCUCCCUAGUGCAUCACAUCCCCACUAUGGUGCUGUAGGACACACACACACACACACACACACACCAUGUCAUUAUAUUCCCCACUACGCUACACCUUAGAUCAUACUUGUCAGAUUUUAUAUAAAGAGUGCACUAAAUUACUAUUUGGUCCGAUAGCCUGUUGGUACCUACAGAGUGCACAUAUAUUAGCACAUAUGCAUGAAUACUGAUGCCCUGAUCACUUUCUCCGCCCUACUGGUGACAUGAAGAAAAUAUUUAUGUUUGCAUGUGAUCUCUGAAGAUGACGGUUUAAGAAGAUAUUUAUGUUUGCAUGUGAUCUGCGCAUCUUCUCUCUGAGGGGAGCAGAUUUCUGCAACUCUAUUUAAUCUAUUUGUAUUUAUCAAGCGUCAGGUUUAUAUCUAAAACUUGUGUAAAGAACAGCCACUGUGAACUGGUCUACUAUUGCUAACCCUUCCUGACUUUUCCCAGGACAAAGUGCCAUUCCCAGGAGGAGUGAGCUCCCUCUAGUGACCAUUUGGUGUCAUUACCUCCCUGUCAGGGACCAUAGAGAUUGGUAGUAUGUAAAUAAUCUAUAGAAUAUGUACAAUUGUUGUAAAUAUAAUUCAAAGAUGUGUUUCACUUCCUAAAAUGCUGAGCAGUCACUUUACCUGUUUAUGAGUGUAUGUAAAACUUCUAAGUCAAAUUACUAUAUGAUGUAAGCUGUUUGCUUGAUCUAUAUAUGAUGUAAGCUGUUUGCGAAUACUUGAUCUAUAUAUGAUGUAAGCUGUUUGCUUGAUCAAAAUGAUGUAAAGCUGUUUGCGGAUACUAAAGACUUUGUAUCUUCUUCUUGUCUCCUAAAUAAAUGAUUUCAAUAUCA